AUGCUCCUGAUGAAAGCAGUGUUCGCGCCGAGGCCUUUGGUUUUGGCUUCCGUUUCUUCGCCUUCUUCUUCUCGGGGUGGUGCUCGUCGUUGCGACGUCAUUCGAGCGCAGUCGUCGUCGUCAUCUCCGACGACGCCGCCGACGAAGAAAAAAGGAAAGAAAGGAUUGAAGAAGACCCAAAAACAACCACAACAACAACAACCAGGUGGUGGUGGUGCUUCUUCCUCAUCAUCUUCGGCGGUGGUGCAGAAAGCCGUCGCGGAAGUUGCGAAGAAAAAAGAGGAAGACGACGGACCGCAAAUUCCAUUCGGCGACGCUUCCGGUGCCGCUUUACUUCUGAAAGAUGUGUUCUUAGCGGUCGCGGAUACUGAUUUACUGCAAGAAGCGAACGCACAAAUCAUGUCGGGACAAAAAAUCGGCCUCGUCGGAGGGAACGGGUGCGGGAAAUCGACGUUACUGAAGUGCAUCGCCGGCGUGCGCUCGAUUCAAGACGGGGAAAUCAUCAUCAGCUCAAAAUUGAACGUGGGAUACUUCGAGCAAACCGCAGUGAGCGGAUCGACGAAGACGGUGUACGAAGAAGCGAGGGCGAGGAUGACGAGGUUGAAUAAAGCAGAAGCGGCAUUGAGAGAAGCGGAGAGGGUGUGCGAAAGCGAAAAUUGCGAGGACUAUUGCGAGGCUGCGGAUGUUUUGAUGGAUUGCUACGCGGAGUUUGAAGCCGCCGGCGGGAACGACGCAGAAAAGAGAAUAGCCGCGGUGUUGGACGGUCUCGGGUUUUCCAGGAAGCAGUGGGAUAUUAAAUGCGAUAAUUUAAGCGGCGGGUGGCAGAUGAGAGUGGCGUUGGCGAGAUUGUUGUUGUCUCCAGCCGGGAGCGAGGAGAACGGACUUUUAUUGCUCGACGAACCGACGAACCAUUUGGACGAGAUUUCCAAGAAAUGGCUCGCCGAUUGGAUUAAAAAGAGUCCGAAUACGACCGUUAUCGUCUCGCACGAAGAGUCUUUGUUAGACGGCGCGUGUUCGCACAUCAUGGAAGUUCGCGCGAAAGGUUUGCAUUGGUACGUCGGGAACUACUCGAAAUUUUUACAAGACCGAGACGAAAGAGUACGCGUAGCUCAAGCGAGUUAUAACAAAUUGGCCGCGGAAGCUGCAGAUUUGAAAGAUUUUGUCGCGAGAUUUAGCGCCAACGCCUCUAAAGCCGCGCAGGCGUCUUCGAGAGCGAAACUGUUGAUUAAAGUAGAAACGGAAAUGAGAAAGCUCGAACGCGAAGCGGCGGCGAACUUUUCCGAAGGCGAAGCCGGGGAUUCCACGAAAAUGGCUUUGCGUUUAAGUAAACCGCCGCCGUCAGAUCAAGACGUGUUGAUGAUGGAAAACGCCGUUUUGGGAUACAAAAAAGAGUCGCCGAUUUUAAAAAGUAAGGACGGAAAAGAGUUUAAACUCUCUCGCGAAAUGCGUGUGGUCGUUCUCGGACCGAACGGGGCGGGUAAAUCCACGCUUCUGAAAAGUUUAGCCGGCACCAUGCCUUUGCUCGAGGGCACGCGCACGUUAGGCGAACGCGUGAAGCUUGGCGUCUUCUCGCAAGAUCUCGCGCAAGAGUUGCCGAUGGAUAAGCAAGCGUUAGAGUACGUUCUAGAAACCGCGAGAGUGGAGAACCCACUAUUGAAAGAAAUCGAAGGUCGACAAUCGCUCGGCGCGUUAGGCAUCUCCGGCCCGAUGGCUUUACGUAAAAUCGGCUCUCUUAGCGGCGGAGAAAAGGCUCGAGUUGCGCUCGCCGCGUUUGUUUUACAACCACGAAACGUCUUACUUCUGGAUGAACCGUCCAACCACUUGGACGUUGGCGCGGUCUCCGCCUUAACCGACGGUCUCCAAGACUGGGACGGCGCCUUAUUCGCCGUUUCCCACAACAAAGGCUUUUGCGAAUCCUUGAGACCGACCCACGUCGUUCGAGUAGAAAAAGGAGAGUUUAUCAUCGAAAACUGCUACGGUUUAACCGACGAAGAUUUCGAGCACGACUAUCCAGAGGAAGGUGACGCGUCUUCAGACGCCAUGAGCAAGAAAGAAGAAGAACAACAACUCGUCGCCGUUGCAGCGUAG